AAUUACUCAGCACUUUCGCGGGAAUUUAAAAACUUUCAAUUCAACAAAUCAAAAUCAACCACGUGUCUAAACUUGAUGCCACGUAGGAUAAUCAACAAUUAUAAUAUAUAGCUUCCCUCACACGAUUAAAUAGAAGUCAAAAUAACAGCUUCCUGAAGAAGUCUGUACUAUUAUAAAAUCUCACACACACAUGCUCUUUGUUAACUCAAUUUUUUCUUGAUUCUCACGAGUCUGUUUAUAAUCACGACUGUUAUAACUAUUUUCAAUUUUUGAGAGAGAUUGGCGCGUUAUGCGAUUAUGGUGAAGAGUGAUUAUGAAUUGGUGGAAAUAGAUGAAGGAUGCAACACACCAAGGCAUGAUAAAUAUAGGAUUUUGGUGAAUUCCAAGUGCCCGCCGCCAACGCCAAGGAAGAAAAGAAUUUAUGUGAAACAACAAAGUUCUCCACCUAAGGAAGGUUAUUUUCAGCCUCCUGAUCUUGAGAUUUUAUUCGCUAUCGUCCCAAGGAGGGUGACUCAUGUUUAAAUAUUGUCUAUUGAAAAUAACAUGAUAAUUUACUCUGUUUGUUUUU